AUGCCCGAGUUUGGGAUAAGCAAUUCGUCGUACUUUGACGCUUCAGACGUGAGUCUGGAGCACGCGACUUUCCCCCAUCUCACUGGUGUUGGGUGGGAUGCCUUAAAUCGCCUCGCAGCGAUAUCUGGAGAGGCAUUCGUUGUGUCGCUGAUGAAAUCAGCGACUCCUGAUGGACAGCGUCUCGCCAUACACGACUACAUGGCCCGCGAGCUCGCCGAAUCAAAUUGGCGAGGUAAAACUACCUCGCGGACUUCACGGAACGAUGCCGUGAAGAUGGAGACCUCCGUCUACUCUGGCGAAGGAAAAGAACGCUUGUCGUUGUCGCGUUGGUUUCGAGAGGAGUGGGCCUUGGGAAAACUCGCUGUGGAAGAGUAUGCGUUUCCCACUCUGGAAGCCAUCCAGAGUGACCUUCGACUUGCCUUCGAGCCGCCACAGGAAGCGAAGUUGGUGCGUUCAAGGUUCCUGUCCUUGCGACAGGGUAAGAUGUCCAUGCGCGACUAUGUGCAGAUGGCUCGACAUCUAGCGUCGUGCAUUAUUACGCAUCCCAUGGACAUGUACACACAAGUGAACGUGUUUGUCGAUGGCAUGCGUGAAGGGCAGACUCGCCUAUCGCUGGAACGCGCGGAGCCUGCCACGUUGGACGAGGCUAUCGCUAUCGCCAUCCGUGAGGCCUUAAGAGUCACCAAGACCUAUACCAAUCCUUCACUUGUUACCGCUGUCAGAUCAGCGGGGCCAUAA